ACUCGAUCCACCGGCAAGAAGUAUUACAUGCGUACCAACAACCAGAAGACCAGCUUUCCAUGGUCAAGUUCCAGCAACUCGAACAUAACUUGUCAAGAACACAAUUCAACUCAUGAGAGGGGCACAAAUCACUUCCAUACCAAACGGCUUGUCAAGAAAGAGCCUCUCGAUUGGAAUACUGUCAAAGUAUCAGUCGUUCAGACGUCUUACUGCGAUGCAGCAGAGCAUCAGUGUCCUGAUCGCGGAGGUACGUAUGUAUCAUCAUGAAGACAGUAUAUGUAUACAGAGGGUGAUGUUGAUACUUUUUUACUAGUCGAGCCACAGGCUGUGCAUACAUACAGGUAUAUGGUCCAUCUGCCGAGCCAAUAUAUGCACUUCAUCACAACUCAACUACCGUGUCUCCACAUAAAUGGUCUUUUCCCUCCUCUUAUAUCGAAGACGAAUUUAUUGGUUCUAAAAAGUGAAGGGAUCGUCAGCUUUUCAUCUUUUCGCAGGACCAAUCCAAGCGAAUCGCUGAAAGUCAGUUCCUGGAUAGUGAUGUUCUGGCCUCUAGAGCACUGAACAGGAGAUAGCUAAGUUUUGGUUUAAUUCAGAGAACUUUCUGGGAGUUCGCACGACCUAUGUGAUGAUGCCAAUCAUUUUUUUCCUGCACAGAUACGCAACACGUGAAGCGGAGGCACAAUCUCCAGGCUGUUGAAGCUGAUGCUGGGAAAAAGAUCAAAAGCAUGAAAUCAGAAGGUGAUCCUGAUGCGCUUUCGGAGCGGACCUCUCGUUUUCUUCUCACCGGAAUUUUAGGUGAAAAAGUGGUACCUCUCACAAAGCUCCUCGAGGACAUCACUGCAGAAUCGAAUGAAGAGACAGCGUACAGUCACCUCCUCCGAAAAGGAAAAGCAACGCCUGCUUGCCUGAAUCAGAUCCGGAGCUCAGCAAAUCGACCCAUGUGUCCGGCUGAGCGUAGGGGUAGCUUGGUUCAGAAAGAAGGCCAUUGUCUUGACUCUCAGACUCAUUGUCUUGACUCUCAGACUGAAAGUGGUUUUCCAGCUAAGCACCAACCGGCGAAAAGCGCAGGUCGUGGGGGCGGACUUCCUACACAUGAUUCUGAUCACGGGAAGAGAUUUCAUGCUCGAGGAGACCCAGAACAGCAUAUACAUCAGUCUCAGGAGGUCAAGCCCUCAAUAACGAGUCGGAGUGACGCAAGGGAAUUCCAGACGGAGCGCAAAGUUGCAACUGAGGAUCAGGGGCGACAUGGGGAGCAUCAAACUCAGCGACAGCCACUACGUCGAGAUUUGAAUGUUCAGAAUGAGGGAAUUUCAGUAACUCCUGCAGCGCAGCAAGCGGGACGUGAAGCUUUCCAGGGCGGAUGUUCGACCUCAACCCAACACAAUGAAGAGAUACACCGAAAGUGCCAGAAGCAAGCUUCAGCAGACCAAGAUCGUGGCCAGCAUAUCAAUGCAGAAUUUCUAGCAGUAUUGAUGGCUGCACACUAUCAAGAGGCCUACUUGAAAGCUUCCCUAGCUGCAAAGUAUCUGCAGGAAUACCAAAAUGCGAAACAAUCUCAACAUCUUCCUGCAGGUUCUCAAAAAGCUCACAUAGCUGAGCGUUUUUCCGAGGCUUAUCAAGUUGCACUUGAACUUUCGCAGCUUCCUGUGAAUCCCGAAAGUCAGAAGUCUCUGAUGGAAGAAUUUUACACCAACCUCAGUGCAGCUCCUGAGGCAGCGAGUGGAGGGAAAUUUUCAGCCUCUCCCCCGACUCCCUACCUCCAUCCUUUUUAUGAAGGAUCGGCGACCCCCCAGGGAGGAAGUUUCCCUGCACAAUGUGAACCAUCACAUGCUUCACUCGUCUCAUCUUCGCCACUGCCAAGUCCCCCGACUGGACCUGAACAAGAUCGUUCAGACUCAACUGGUGGGCAAUCACAACUGCCGCAUGGACUCGGGCAGACUUUUCUCCACUUCUCGCAGCUUCCAAGUACGGCCGAGCAUGCCAAGACAGUGACUGAGGAGGGGUCGGACCGAGUCAUUGAUGAACGAGAUCAGAAACCUGCAGAAAGAUCAGAGGUCUUUCCACAUCACCCUCACAUGUCCUUUGCGUGCCAAGGCAAGGUGAUGACUCGGGGAGCGAAGGUUGAAUCUGAAGCUCCAUUUGUAGCCAUCUUCCCCUUGUACAAACCUCCACCUCAGCCUCAGCCCAAGCCCGAACCCCAUUAUGGAGGCAACGUCGGUAAACAGGUGGUCCAGGAGACGGGUGAUCAUGCUAGAGUAAUGACCUCGCAAGGACCCCAUUGGCUUUACAGCUCCGGACCCUCCAUCGCUCAAUGUCAGUCUCGACCUCCAAAUGAGACCAAGGACGCUCGCAUCCAAAGGGAACAGGAAGCGCCACCUGGUACGCAAGGAGUGGGCUCGGAGCGGGAGACGUACUGUGAUGGAUCGGAUGGAAAGAGAUCUACGGGCUUCAAGCGGUGGAGCGCCCCACAGAACGGCGAUGGAAGGGCACAGAAUCCAAUUCAGUUCGCAGUUGCUAAUCAAGCGCCUCAGGGUGACGGCCCUCCACACCAGAGGGCUCCUCCUCAUCCCCUCACUUUCGUGGAUUUAGGAGAUGCAAGCGAAGACGGCGAAAGCGUGCAGACGCCUUUGCCAGAAGAUAAGGAAUCUGAUAGCGAACCUGAAUCGGAGCGAUUUGCGGGACAACCUAGAGAUGAGGACACUGAAGUUGGCGCCAGGGUUGAAAGAAACGUGGAGGAAUCGAAAUCUGGAGCUGAAACUUUGCAAGAGUCAGGAGACGACGACGCGGGGGAACUCGAAGAUGAGGAAAGGGAAAGGGAAAGGGAAGGGGAAGGGGAAGUCAAAAGUGAACGCAGAUUCUACUUUUUUGAUUUUACCAAAAUCUGUGAUAAUCUGUACCCGCCGGAUGUUACCACCAAAAUGCUCAAAGACUUUGGGCUCAGAUAUUAUCCAAUGCGGUUUCGGGAGGAUGAGAAGAUCAGAGAGAUAGAAGCGUUGUUUCGCGAGGUUUUAUCUUUUUCGAGGCCGAAAAACGUCCCCGAGAUUCCCAUUGUUCCUUUUGAUUUUCUAAGAUCGCAGCGCUAUUUUACUGAAAUGGCGCAGCGUCCUGCGGCACGAAAAUCUGCAUCUGCAAGAUCAUCACAAUCAACAGCAGCAGGCACUUCACAUCCUGCUGCCCAGCUUUGGGCUGCCCUUAUAGCCCAAAGGGCACGAGCCUUCAGAAGAGAGUGUUCGAUACGCAUCGAAAAUCAAGGUAUAGAUUUGGCAGAUUCGUUCACCGCGGAUCAGCUUGACUACAAACCCGUCCACAGAGGCAGGAGCAGGGAUGUCAUGGCAUGGUUGUGGAAGCCCAGAAGUCGUGGAGUUACAUUGCAUGACAGAAAAAAGAUGUUUCGGGCUUACAUUGAUGAGAUCGAUGACUGGUAUUAUGAAUACCGCUCGACCUUGGAGAAUAUAAAUGACGAGACGGAUGAUUCUUUUGGUCAUUUUAUCGGCAACAUUUAUACAGAAUAUCCACUCAUGGAGUUAUCGAGGCGUUUGCGAAGAUACAGAGAUACCUUCUUAGAGCAUCUGGUCUGUGUGAAGAAGGUCCUUGGAGACUCAACAGCAGUUCCUGAUUUCGACAAAAAUAUCAGAGACCGACUCAUAGCCUGUCGCGUGAGGGCUGCAAAGAGGAUGGCCAGAAAAGCCUUGAUGGUGAUCAGGAGGGCCCAUGCACCUUAUAAGAAGCGUAUGAUCAAUGGAUGUCAUAAGAUGAUCGUAAAGCUCGAACCGAAGCAAGAAAACAGGAUAGCAGAAGCUGUAAGGAUUGCGGGCACAAACAAUGGACCCAGGCGUCAGCAGCGCAUGUACAGUGGGCGUCUAAAUCUGAAUUCCACUUGGAGACCGCAAAGAGGCCUCCCAGACAGAGCCGUCAGUGUUCUAAAGGCGUGGCUCUUCACUAACUUUUUACACCCAUAUCCUAAAGAUGUGGAUAAAGAAUCGUUGGCCUCAGCGACGGGUUUGACGAGAUCACAGGUUUCCAACUGGUUCAUAAAUGCUCGAGUACGAGUCUGGAAACCGAUGAUUGAAGCAAUGUAUCUCAUGGACUUUCCAGAAGAUCGACACAGAUUCAUUACAAUGUCCAGGGCCAGGAAAGUUGAUCAUGGGCAGGAAUUGGGAGAUCGGAAACCGGGAACAAGCCGCUCUAGGAUUUUCCCAUGCGUUGACGGUAGGACCAGGCGAUCGAGGAAACGUCAAUGUAUAUAUCGUCCAGCUUCUCACAGUCUUGCUUUGGGUUCAAGAGUUCUUCCUUCAUUUCUUCGGCAUGCACAGGCGAGUUCCCGGAUGCGCCAUCAAGCAUCCCGUGCUUUUGCUCCUUACAGCAGGGAGAUGUUGGCUCAGUUUCUUAGAAAUGCUUCAGUCUGGAGGGCACAAUUGGGAGAGAGCCGGCAGAAUAGAGCGGAAGUCGAACACAGGUUCGCUAUCCAGGGUCGAGCUGAAGUGGGAAACAGGUUCACCAUUCAAAAUCGAACUCAAGUCGAGCCCAAGUUCACCAUUCAGAAUCGAGCUCAAGUCGAGCCCAGGCUCACCGUCCAGGAUCGAGCUCAAGUCGAAUCCAGGUUCCCAAUUCAGAAUCGAGCACAAGUCGAACCCAGGCUCAUCGUCCAGGAUCGAGCUCAAGUCGAACCCAGGUUCCCCACUCAGAAUCGAGCGCAAGUCGAACCCAGGGUCACCGUCCAGGAUCGAACUCAAGUCGAACACAGUUUCAUUAUUCAGAAUCAAGGUCAAGUCGAGCCCAGGCUCACCGUACAGGAUCGAGAUCAAGUCGAAACCAGGUUCCCCACUCAGAAUCGAGCGCAAGUCGAACCCAGUGUCACCGUCCAGGAUCGAGCUCAAGUCGAACACAGUUUCAUUAGUCAAAAUCGAGCUCCAGUCGAACCCAGGUUCAUCAUUCAGGAUCGAGCUCAAGCAGAACCCAAGUUCACCUUCCCGAGUCAAGCGAAAGUCGAACCCAGGCUCACGAUCCAAGAUCGAGCUCAAUUGGAACCCAGGUUCACUAUCCAGGAUCGAGCUCAAGUUGGAACGAGGUUCACCAUCCAGGAUCGAGCUCCAGUCGAAACCAGGUUCUCCAUCCAGGAUAGAGCUAAAGUCGAUACUACGCUCACCAUCAAGGAUCUUCGAGCUGAACUCGAACCUAGGCUCACCAGCGAGAAAAUCGACUACGACAAUCACAUCUCUCUGGAACUGCAGCUUGGUUCUGAAAGGACAAAAGCUCGACCAGAAAGCACGGGACCUCGCCUUAGAUUUCAAGAUGGACGUUUGUUAAGCGAGCGGAUGCGAAUUGGACAUCACACGGAACCUCCAAAGGGAGAGAUCCCGAUGGACAUCUUGAAAUUCGAAGACCUAGAGAGGAUUAGAAAAGGAAAGGGCAUUGUGGAGUGACAAAUCUUUGUAUAUGUAAUUACUAAAAAUAAUUGAAAACAUAGAGUUCUAUAUUAGAAGAUUUCUGUAAGAGAUUCACUAGCAGAAUUUUUCCUGUCUUAUCUACGUUAGCUAUUUAUAUCAAAAUUUAGUGUGCAUCUAACUUGU